AUGUUAUUAAGAAACAUUGCAAAAGAUGGACUAUGUAAUGGUACAAGAUUCAUGGUUUCAAGGCGCAACACCUGUAUAAUUGAAGCUCGAAUCUUAACUGGAGAGAAAUUUGGCAAUUUGACAUUUAUACCAAGGAUAUCAUUGACUCCGUCUUCUUCAGAAAUGCCUUUCCGAAUGACAAGACGUCAAUUUCUAAUUCGAUUGGCAUACGCCUUGACCAUUAAUAAAUCUCAAGGGCAAUCUGUGAAAUUUGUUGGAGUUGAUUUGCGUAUACCUGUUUUUAGUCAUGGGCAACUAUACGUGGGAUUAUCCAGAUGCACGUCUUUCGAUCGUAUCAGUAUCCUCCUUCCCAAGGAUGAGCCAGAUUCCACUACAGAUAUUGUUUAUCCUAAAGUUUUGUUAUAG